AUGGCAAUGGACGCCAAAGAGAUUGAGCUCCGUGGCAAGGCCAUCGGAAAAGCCGUGGCCGAGGGCGAGCCAAGCGCUUCUGUAAUCAAGCUGCUCAACGACUUGAAGACGGGUGUGCAAGCAACCGAGGAUCUCUUGCGCUCAACCCGCAUUGGUGUCACCAUCAAUCGUCUGCGAUCGCACAAGGACCCGGCUGUACAAAAGCUGGCGACAGAACUGGUAGCAAAGUGGAGGGACGAGGUCAAGAAGAAGCAGCCACCCAAGAUGAAUGGUCCCGCAAAAGCAGCCGCGAACGGAGGUGCAGCAUCUUCGCCAGCUCCUCCACCCUCAGGGACUGCGUCACCAGCCCCCAGCCUGGCCAAGAAGAAGCACGACGUCGCCGCCGACAAGCGCAAUCACAAGACCGACAAGGUCAAAUACCAGGUCACCGGGGACGAGGCACGCGACAACUGCGUAAGGCUGAUGUACGAUGGCCUGGCCUUUAUGAGUGAAGCGAUGCCCGACGAGAUCCUCGGUGUCGCAAAGCAAGUCGAAGCCGCCGCCUACAGUAACGCAGGUAGCGUAAACAAUACCUACAAGGAAAAGAUGCGCUCUCUCUUCCAGAACCUCAAGAACAAAUCGAACCCUCAACUCCGCAGGCGCGUAUUCAGCGGCGAUAUACCCGCGAAGCAAUUUGUCGUCAUGACACACGACGAAAUGAAAUCGGAUGCGCGCAAAAAAGAGGACGAGGAGUUGGAGAAGCUCAACAUGAACCAAGCCAUGGUUGCACAAGUCGAAAAGGCGAUCUCCAAGGAGUUCCAGUGCGGAAAAUGCAAGCAGAAGAUGGUCAGCUACAGUCAAGCACAGACUAGGUCCGCUGAUGAACCUAUGACUACGUUCUGCGAGUGCAUGAACUGUGGUAACCGGUGGAAGUUCUCAUAG